UCCUUUUUUAGCUGGUGGCUCAGCUCUUUGGAUAACUCGCUUUCGAUUGUGAGACGCGCCAUCAUGUGGAAAGACAUGCUCCUUAUUUUUAUUGUGGCUGCCUCACUUGUUCCUAAUACCAGAGGAGACCUUCAAGCUAGUCAAGCCGCUUCAGACGCUACUCUUGAUUUGCUGCCUGUAGAAUCCUCAAGAAAGGAUGCAGCCGUUAGCUCUGAUGCAAAACUCCUCGCUAAUCCUGUGGCAGAAGAGAGCAAAGACACGUUCGUCUUUAGAAAUAGCAAACGGUUAAAGAAACCUUCUCCUCGUUACAAAAUUAAGAUGCAAAACGUUACAGAUGAAAAAUACAACUUAGUGCAAUGGUAUUCGACUCCAGAGGGUGUAAAUCAUCAUGUUGAUGGUAAAAGAAUCAACGAUACAGAAGAUUUGAGUGCUCAAAGUAGUUCUUAUCCUGAAGAAUACUCCCAUGAUCAUAGUCAAGAAAAUUAUGAUCAUCAUACACAUUACUCUGGCGAUGAUCAGCCACCAGAAGACGAUCACUAUGAUUCAGAAAGAAGUCACUCUUUCUUCCACAAAGGUACAUCUGAUGAUAUUCAAGAACCUAAAUCUCCUGAUUAUGAAAAACCUAAAAGAAAAAAAGGAAAAAAGCCCUGCAACCGUUCCAAAAGCAAGAAAUCGGGGAAAUGGCCUGAACGUUCAGACACCAUUCUGCAUGGGAUGACGAAAAACGGACCUGAAAUUACCGUACAGCAUUAUAGCACGAAUACUCAAUCGAUUUCCGAUUCCAGUACAGAAAGUAGAGACACCGGCUUUCAUUCAGGCAGCGAUUCCAGUUUUCAUCCAGGGAGUGACACCAGUUUUGAUUCACCACCAUCCAAAUUUGGUUUCAGAGACAGCAGCUUUCAUUCGCCACAACCCACAGGUGGUUUUAUUCCUCUUCUUCCGCCGUUAGGUUUUUCAGCUGAGCAUUUACAUGGCAUUCCAAAAACUUUUUUUUCUUCCCAAAGAAUUAAAGGAGAAGAAAAUCAUUUCCACCUUCAUAAUCAUCACCACUAUAGUCCAGAUGGGAAAAAACUGAGCGCACGCGAUCCCAUGGAGAGCUAUGAGAAAAUAUUUAAAAGUCUAGGAAAACUUAGAAACAUGAUGCCCACUAUCCUUUCAGGAGUUGCUGGAGCUUUACCCAAUCUUCAACAAAGUCUUCAGACACCGGCUAAUAACGCUCCAACUGUCCUUAAUGCAGAUGUUAAAUUUGCCGAGCCAGGUGAGAAGAAGGGGUAUCAUUACACAGGUCCUCAUAAAAGCUACGGCAAGAAGACUUAUAUUAGAAUGAAAGAUACAGAAUCUGAUGGAAAUUAUCCAUCAUACAAUGACAACCAAAAACCAGAAGGUGAAGGAUUUAGAUAUGAAUCGGAAGAUCCUGCAGUUGGUUAUCCUGGGCCAGAAAUGAAUAUGCAUAGUAUGGGUGGCGAUAUGUUUAAAUAUGGAGCUGGUCCCUUUGGAACUGAUGAAUAUCAGGAUAGUAAAGGCAGAUUCCCUAACGAGGUGAACCUCGAGGUUGACAAAAUUCAUCCAGGAAUCGGAUUUAAUAGUCAUCCACAAGAACAUUCUCAACAAGACUAUACUUCCGAACCAAUAGGACCUUAUGCACCACGUCCCGAUUAUCCACCAGACUAUGAAUCGGGAAGAAACAAGGAUUCCGGAGAAGAGAAAUAUUCGCUUGACUAUAAUGAGAAAGCUCCUUACGUUCCCUAUGAUCAAAUUGAAGCAAACAAAGAACAAACUUACGGAGGUGGCUAUGGAUACAGACAAAAUACACCGCCAUCUUCGCCUAAUCCACAUCCUUAUGAUGGUUCAAAAUCUCCUCACUCUUAUGGUGGGCCGGAAAGUCCUACUUCCUAUGAUGGACCUAAAUAUCCUCACUCCUAUGAUGGACCUGACGGCCCUCAAUCUUACAAUGGGCCAGAAAGUUCUCAUCCUUAUGAUGGUCCAGUAGAGCCUCAUCAUUAUGAUGGGCCAGGCAGUCCACAUCCUUAUGAAGGGCCAAAUCCUAAUCAUGGAUAUUCUGAUGCACCACGUGAUUCUUCAGUUGAAGGUCAUGGACCAGGAAGUCCCCAUCAGGUUACUAGCUACACGGUUAGUCAUUCACAUAGUGGUGAAUCCACUAAGGAUUCGCAUCACUUGGGGCCAGAAGAAGACCUUUUAAGAAAUGUAAGACCAGAUCCAGACCCACUAUCUAUACCAAAGAAUGCCCAAAUAAUCGAACACUUUAUUCACUUGGAUCCUGUGCACUAUAUGGCACCUCGUGUUCCUUUGGAAUAUACACCAGGCGCUGGUUUUCAACCUCAAACUCCCCCAAAUAAUGGUUUUCAUCCUCAUCAAGGUGCAAAUAGUGCUUUUCCACCACAUCAAGCCGCAACAAAUGCUUUUCCACCUCACCAAGCCGCAACAAAUGCUUUUCCACCACAUCAAGCCUCAACUAAUGCUUUUCCACCACAUCAAGCCGGAAGUAUGGCAGUACCAACACGAAACUUUAUGCGGCACAUUCCCCUACACAAAUUAAUACCAAAUCCUCUUAAAAUGCCUUAUCCAGUCGUACCACGAGCAGUAAUUCAUCCUAAUCCACAUAUUAACCAGAUGUUGCGAGCAUAUCAGAGCCGCACAUUUUAUCACAGGUGGUGGUAACCCUUUAUCUAUUAAAUAAGCUAAAAAGAGCAAUCUAAUCGAUUAUUUUGAUGAUCAAGACACUUCCUUUUGCGUGUAAAUAAUAAAGGCAGGAAAAGUCAGCCCUCUUUGCAAUCGGACUCUUAUGUUAAAGUUUAUAGCAUAUUUCUGAUAUCAUGUGUUGAGAGCAGAGUCCAUUUAGCUUUUCUAUAAUACUUUCCAUGUAAACAUAUCAGUGACGGUUUGAUUCAAACAGUGAUAUAAAUAUCAUUCUUUAAAAAACGAAAUUUAAUGAAACUAGAUUCAAUAUUUGUUUUAAAAGUG